UGACGUCACGUGUUGACAUGUUCAAAACACUGAGACCCGCGCAGCCUGAGUGCCUCUACGGCUCCUGUUCAACCUAAUUCUGCACACACAAGAUUCUCCACGACUCCUAUACAAGUCUGUCCUCUACUGCUCGUAUACAAGUCUCUUGCAUAGCCCCUAUUCAAGAGUUGCUUUGUCACAUUCUUCUUGGCAAGGUUAAGAAAUAAGAUGGGAGGGCUUACUAGUAGACACAUAGAGGAGGUGGUGAAUGUACCGGAUGUGAAGGGCACACCCAAACAAACACAUGUUUUGCGUACUGAUCCACGCUCCCCUUCAGACUAUAUACCAAGAACUCCCAUUACUGUUGCAGACACUCCAGUCAAAGGUGGUAAUGGCACUCCUCGAGUUGUUAAAGCGCUCGCUAUUGAUCCUCGUUCCCCGAAUGCUGAAGUAAAUCGUACACCUAUUGUUGUUGAGACCAGAGAUGUGCGCCGUCGACCUUUCUCUCUCAAACCUUCCAGACUAGAACAGCUGGACUGCAAGUCUAGCGCCACCGAUGACAGUGAUGAGCACGAUCCUAGAUCACCUACAACAAAAGUGCCUCGAACACCUCUAGAAGAAAAAGAAGGGACAUUCCAUUUGAACUCAUUUGAUGAGCAAGAACCAACAAAUAAAAAUGAUAGCAAUAAUACCACCGAGAAAGAAGAAAACAAGCAGAGUACGGAAGAACAAGACACCUCUACGAAGAAGCUUCUCCCAAGUGAUGUGUCCUCAGACAAGGUGCGCCGCCCACUGAUGUCUGUGCAAAAUGUGGUGAACGGCACGCCUCGUGGUCUGCUUCAAGCUAAACAGUGCAAAAAUGUAGAAGAAGAAUAUAACAAGAACCACAAGAUCAUUCUAGGGCAGCUAUCUGGCCAGGAAAACACGGUUGCUUCCAGCACAGAGUUUGUUGAAAAUAUUUAGACUUUUUGUACAAGAUUAAAUAUAGAGAUGAAGGAAAUACUCCAUACUUGGACCAGUCAGUAUUUUAAUAAUCAUAUUUAACAUUUCUUGAGUUUUAGCAGUAUAAAUGAGUUAAAUUGAAGAGCUCCUUGCAUUAUUACUUAUGCAAAUCAAUAACUAGCUACUUUGUUCCGUCAUUCACUUCUGUUUCCAAAUGAAAAAGGUAGCUUAUAGAGCUUAAUCAUUUUCCAUUUGUGACGGGUGAAAGAAAAUAAAAAAUGUGCGACAUUUAUUUUUGAAUCGACCCUAAUCAUGAGUUCAUUACCACAUUAAGUACCUUUCAAUGGUCUCCUAAAAUAUUUCUUGGGUUCUUUGCAAGAUUGUUAAAGAGCAGGUUUUGAACUUGAUAUAUUGCUAGGUUGUUGAAUAGAGCUCAAAUUGCUGACAACAUUGUACAGAAAUACGAAGAAGGCAGACUUCACUGAUUUUGCCCAGUGGCUUUAUGAAAUCUGCCAGAUGCACACCUUCAGUUGAUUGGUCAUGCCCCAACUUUUCCAUAUUUCAGACGUAUGAGCAAUUAAAUAUUUCAUAUUUUCCUAACGAUUUGGCUUGUAUUUACACAUCACCAAAAUGUUAGUUUCCACCCACUGGUUUUGUUGUAUAUGAUGGGCUCAAGUUCUGUAUGUAGUUCAUUUAGUAAAGCAUCCUGAUGCAACAUUCAUUAAUUUUAUUGAUAAGGGGCACACACUUGUACAGUAUUUACUGUAUAAUUUUUUUUAUAUCUAGACUAAGUUUCUCCUUCAAAUACUGUCCCCCAAUUAUGAAUGGUUUUAAGCACAACCUUGCUGUGAAUGACAAUUCUUUUUUACGUCUCGUGAACAACUCUAUUGGUUUCGUUGCAGGUAUUAGUGUUUACCAUCUGUCAUGUUGAAAAAACAAAACAUUACUGGUUCUCUUUUGUUAGCAUUUAUCUUUAUUGCAUUGUCUAAUGAAGCAUGCAGUCUGUAAGGUUUGGGAAAGAUUCAUUAAUAUAUUAGAACAUCUUUAGGUUACUGUUGGCUAUAAAUCUUUAAUUCCCUGAUAAAUAAUCCGAUUUCUAUUAUUUUAUCCCAUUGUGAUGCAAGUUAGAAGAAAUAAUUUUUUAUAGAUUGGUUUUCUGUAGACUUUAAACUGGUCACUUCCUUUCAUUAUUAGGAAAAGCUUUUUUUUCUACACACUAUUUAUAAUAACUAUGUAGCAGGUUUUUCAUUGGCAUCAUAAAAUUAUAUAGGUAGAUCAUGAUGGCAUGAUCAACAUAGCAAAACCUUUUAUAGUCCUAGGAAUGAAAGUGGAGGAUAUUGUACAGUAAUUUCAUGUGAUUAAAUUAAUUAGCUAAGUGUGUCAAACUGAGAGACCCAAUUAUCAACAGAACUCAUAACUGUAGCAGUAGUAAUUUUAGUAUGUAGCUUCUAAGGUUGAUAAUUCCAUUACAUUGUAGAACAACAUAUCUGAGUUAUCUCAAGGAUUUUUUCUUGACAUUUGGCAAAUAGUAAGGUGACAUCAAGACAAGCUAACGUUUUAUUUUUAAUGUGUAGAAAUUGUGUAGUAAAUCUCCAAUAGGCUUAAUGUGAAUCAUGGGUAACAGCAAUUUCAAUAAAGGUUUUCUAAAAAGAUUAAAAA